GGAAAACUGUAGGUCAGUUUAAUGUAUAUUUCGAGUGAGCCUGUGUUUUAUGGUUAUAUGGGAAUUCCUACAUAGAGUGUUUACUGACACUCUUGAUAAUCACAUACUCUGUUUGUCAUGUCAGAAUGGGCAGAGUUCACUGAUGUAUGCAUCUCAGAAUGGACAUGUGGAGGUGGUGGACAAGUUAUUACAACAUGGAGCCACAGUAGACCUGCAAAAUGAGAAUGGGUGGAGUUCACUGAUGGCUGCAUCUUGGAAUGGACAUAUGGAGGUGGUGGAUAAGUUAUUACAACAUGGAGCCACAGUAGAUCUUCAAUAUAAGAAUGGGUGGAGUUCACUGAUGGCUGCAUCUAGGAAUGGACAUGUGGAUGUGGUGGAUAAGUUAUUACAACAUGGAGCCACAGUAGAUCUUCAAUAUAAGAAUGGGUGGAGUUCACUGAUGGCUGCAUCUCAGAUUGGACAUGUGGAGGUUGUGGACAAGUUAUUACAACAUGGAGCCACAGUAGACCUGCAAACAGAGAAUGGGUGGAGUUCACUGAUGGCUGCAUCUCGGAACGGACAUGUGGAGGUGGUGGAUAAGUUAUUACAACAUGGAGCCACAGUUGAUCUUCAAUGUAAGGAUGGGUGGAGUUCGCUGAUUUUGGCAUCUUACGAAGGACAUGUCAAAGUUGUGGAAAAGUUGCUGGAGCAUGGAGCAAAACUAGAGAACAUUAUUUAAUAAAUAUCAGGACUCGGCACUAAUAAUGGCCUGUUAUAACAACGACUUGACCACGACUUCAGUCCUUCUCAGAGCUGGUGCCUACCCAAAUAGCUGCAACAAGUUUGGACAGACUCCACUACUGUUGGCUGUAAGAAAGUACAAUGUAGCAAUGGUCAAGGAAUUGAUAGGGGCAGGAGUUGAUGUUAACAAAAUGGAGCAGGAAGGACUUUCUGCUUUGAUGAUGUGUUGUGAUGAUGGAAAUUCAGAGAUGGCAAAACUUCUACUUGAUUAUCAGGCUAAUCCUGACCUCCAGCAAUCAGAAACUGGAUACACAGCUCUGAUGUUUGCCUGCAAGGGAGGUCAUCUGGAUACAGUAAUAGGUCUCAUGGAACACGGAGCUGAUGCAAAGAUUAGGAAUGUGGCACCAACCGAACCAUCUCAGGUGCCGUGGUCUCUGCUGAACAUGCUGCUCCACAACCAACCCGACUGGACAUCUUCCAGCUGGAGGACUCUGUUUCUGAGUACCUUGCAAGAUCACUAACCCCAGCA